CUAAUCGAGAAGGCUAUCAAAAAUAUUAGUUUUUAUUCUUUGGUUUCUUUGACAAAAUAUAAGCUGGAAAGCAAUACACAACAGACAGGAGCAGGUUCUGGCAGCGCUCGACAAGAAUAGCAAGUUCCGCAAUGAUGACGUCAAAGGCGGCAGUGAUUUGUUUAUGUCUGCUAGUUAGUAGCUGCUACGUGUCGGUGUCGGCAGACGAACACAAUCAUAAGUACAAUGAUAAGGAAGAGGUAGUGCUAUGGAUGAACACAGUGGGUCCGUAUCACAAUCGGCAGGAAACGUAUGCGUACUUUUCGCUGCCGUUUUGCAGUGGUGGCAAGCCAUCCAUUAGCCACUAUCAUGAAACUCUAAGCGAGGCGCUGCAGGGAGUCGAGCUGGAGUUCAGUGGUUACGAAAUGGAGUUCAAGUCGGAUGUGCCGCGCACAGUAGUCUGCAUGGUGCAUCUCAACGAGGAGAGCGUCAAGGCUUUUACGUAUGCAGUGAUGAAUGAGUAUUGGUAUCAAAUGUAUAUUGAUGGCCUGCCCAUUUGGGGCAAGGUGGGUGAGCGAGAUGACAACGAUGGCAAAUAUUAUAUACAUACGCACAAGAAGUUCGAUAUCGGCUAUAAUGGUCAGCAAAUUGUGGACAUAACGCUAACAACGGAAAUGCGCGAGGAGCUGAAAGCUGAUUCCAAAAUCAAGUUCUCCUAUGAAGUCAAUUGGAAGCCCAGCAAGAUUGUGUUCAAGAAUCGCUUUGACAAGUACCUAGAUCCCAACUUUUUCCAGCACAGGAUACAUUGGUUCAGCAUCUUCAAUAGCUUCAUGAUGGUCAUCUUCCUCGUGGGCUUGGUUUCGAUGAUUUUGAUGCGCACGCUACGCAAGGAUUAUGCACGUUAUAGCAAGGAUGAGGAAAUAGAUGACAUGGAACGCGAUUUGGGCGAUGAAUACGGCUGGAAGCAGGUGCAUGGUGACGUUUUCCGCACUCCACCCAACUCGCUGCUCUUCUCAGCACUCGUUGGCGCUGGCUAUCAGCUCAUCUCUGUGGUCUUUUGUGUUAUUAUGUUUGCUAUUGUUGGCGAACUGUAUACAGAACGUGGCUCAAUGCUGUCGACUGCCAUCUUUGUUUAUGCUGCCACAUCACCCAUUAAUGGUUACUUUGGAGGCUCGCUCUAUGCACGUCUGGGCGGUCGCUUGUGGAUACGUCAGAUGCUCGCCUCAGCAUUCACUGUGCCCGUUUCAGUUUGCGGCACUGCCUUCUUUAUUAACUUUAUUGCCAUUGGCUAUCACGCCUCGCGUGCCAUUCCCUUUGGCACAAUGGUGGCCGUCACCUGCAUUUGCCUAUUCGUCAUAUUGCCGCUGACCUUGGUAGGCACUGUGGUUGGACGCAAUUUGGAUGGCCAGCCGGACUUCCCGUGCCGCGUCAAUGCAGUGCCCAGGCCCAUACCGGAAAAGAAAUGGUAUAUGGAGCCAUUAAUCAUUGUGCUGCUGGGCGGCGUGUUACCGUUUGGCUCUAUCUUUAUUGAAAUGUACUUUAUUUUCACCUCUUUCUGGGCAUAUAAGAUCUACUAUGUCUAUGGCUUUAUGUUGCUCGUCUUUACUAUACUGACUAUUGUAACCGUGUGUGUUACCAUAGUGUGCACCUAUUUUCUGCUGAAUGCUGAGGAUUAUAGAUGGCAAUGGACGAGCUUUAUGGCAGCCGGCUCUACGUCUAUUUAUGUGUAUGCAUAUUCAUUUUACUACUUUUUCUUUAAAACCAAAAUGUUUGGUCUGUUUCAAACGGCUUUCUACUUUGGUUACAUGGCACUGUUUAGCGGCGCAAUGGGCAUCAUUUGCGGCACCGUCGGCUAUGUGGGCACAAAUCUGUUUGUGCGCAAAAUCUAUUCCAAUGUAAAAAUAGAUUAAGUUCUUUUUUGGCUGUAGCAUACCCCAAAAAGCUAACCACUUACAACUGUAUUUAUUGUGUAGACUUUUAGUUAAAACAUGCAUAAACAUCUUGUGUUCAUAUGCAUGAUGCCGUUUUGCUCGAAACCAUCUCUCAUAUCGGUGUAAAUUUUGAAACCAAACAGCCCAAAAAGUAUCUCUCAGAUAGAGCAACACGCAUAUGCAUGUGUAUAUAACAAAAGCUGUUUGCAUAUACUAUACAUACAUAAAUGGAUGUAUGUAUAUAUAAAUUAAUUUGAAUGCUCCAUUGUGAGUGAACUAUUAACAAAUGAAAACAAAUAUCUAUGCAAUUUGCCAAUGUGACUACAAAUUGCUUACGCCAAUUAAGUUUAUAUACAAUGCAGAAAAUGUGCUGAUUAGCAAUAGUCUCUAAAAUUAAAUUAAUAAAGU